UGCGACUGGCUGUGUUUGUAAACGGUGUUCACUCAGUAACGAACCAAGACACUGCAGGGCGCAUCGAGCAGAAGUUGCGUGGGUGAUUAACUCGUACGUUUGGCCAGCUCGGUUUAUCAUUUACUUCGGGGCGCAACUGUCAAUGAAGACAGAGGAUAGAAUUGCAUUUCCAAGACAAUUCGCAAGCCAUGCCCUAAUGUUUAAGUAUUUCUGUGUCUAGCUAGCUUCUGGACACAUAAGUUUUUACUUUUUGCUCGACCAUCUGAACUAUCCUUGGGAACGCAAGUCGCUCUUGUGGAGCCCGUUGAACCGACGCGAUGAUGCCAGAACGUCCGCAGGGCAACGAGAUGAGAAACCGUCCACUUUGUCGCGGUCAGACGAACUCAAAUCAGAACCACUCCGCGUUGUUGUCCGAGAUCAAGACUCCAAUCAAGACCGAACCGUUCAGUGACCGGUACAGUCUUAUCCCCGGCAAAGAACUUGGGAGGGGCAAGUUCGCCGUGGUGAAGAAGUGCGUGGAGAAACGCACGGGGAAGGAGUACGCCGCCAAGUUCCUGAGGAAGAGGAGGAAGGGGCAGGACUGCCGGCUGGACAUCGUCCACGAGAUCGCCGUGCUGGAGCUGGCCACCGCCAGCCCGCGGGUGAUCACCCUGCACCAGGUCUACGAGACGGCCAGCGAGAUGAUCCUCGUGCUGGAGUAUGCUGCGGGGGGUGAAAUAUUCGACCAGUGCAUGGCGGAGCGGGACGAGGCCUUCCAGGAGCGGGACGUGAGGCGGCUGAUGAGGCAGAUCCUGGAGGGCGUGGCCUUCCUGCACGAGAACGGCGUGGUGCACCUGGACCUCAAGCCCCAGAACAUUCUCCUGACCAGCGAGGCCCCGCUGGGGGACGUCAGGAUUGUGGAUUUCGGGCUGUCCCGUGUGGUCAGCGGGGGCCAGGAGCUCCGGGAGAUCAUGGGGACCCCGGAGUACGUGGCUCCAGAAAUCCUGAAUUACGAGCCAAUAAGCACAGCAACUGACAUGUGGAGCAUCGGCGUCCUGGCGUACGUGAUGCUGACGGGCACCUCCCCUUUCCUGGGGGAGGACAAGCAGGAGACGUUCCUCAACAUCUCCCAGAUCAACAUCAGCUACGCCGAGGAGGAGCUGGCAGGGCUGGGGGCAACGCCAAUCGACUUCAUGAAGUCCCUCCUCCUCAAAGAUCCGCAGGCUCGGGCCACUGCCCAGGACUGCCUGAAUCACCCCUGGCUCCACCCCCAGGAAGGGGAGGGCCCGAGGAAGCCCCUCCCCGUUCCCCGCCCGCCGCUCGAGGAGGAAGAGGAGGACGAAGGCCUGGAGACGGAGGAGCUGAUCGUGGUGGCGUCCUACACCCUGGGACAGUGCCGGCAGUCGGACCAGGACACCCUGACCCCCGACCCCAAGGGCGUCUCCAAGCGCUUCAAAUUCGAGGAGCCCUUCGGCCCUCUGCAGGAGGUCAUCUUCUGAGGCCAGCGAAGCAGCGCCACACAUCGCCAUGACAACCCAGAAAGCCAAACCCUUCCCCUCAGGUUUUAACAGACCAGAGAACCAGGGUCACACAUCGCCAUGACAACCCAGAAAGCCAAACCCUUCCCCUCAGGUUUUAACAGACCAGAGAGCCAGGGUCACACAUCGCCAUGACAACUCAGAAAGCCAAACCCUUCCCCUCAGGUUUUAACAGACCAGAGAGCCAGGGUCACACAUCGCCAUGACAACUCAGAAAGCCAAACCCUUCCCCUCAGGUUCAAAGUUGUUUCCUUUCGUGUUUGCCUGUCUGUUUUAAACUGAGAGGUUUUAUGGACCUUUAGCUGUACUUUCUAUUUUCUGUAGCUAUUGGCCAUCAGCAGCCUGGCACUAAAGAAAACAAACUUGUGCUCAUUAAAAAAAUGAUGUCAUAAUUGCUCUUAGCAUUUUUAGUUAAACGUUCUGGAAGAUACUACUUCACUAGUUUACAUGUGCUUUGUGGAAAAUGGAAAUAACUGCAUUGCAUAAAACAUUUACCCCAAACCCAUAAUCUGAAUUUGAAAAAUCAGUCAUGUGAUAAUAAUUACAUCAGUGCUUGCUCAAGACAUAACACUACGCUCGCUGACAAAAAGCUAUUAGAAGGAGCUCAUCUUGGUUACUGUUUUGCACACAGGUAAAGACAGUUAUUUGUAGUGCUUCAAGGGAAAUUUGCUUCAACUUUCUAAUGGAAACAUAGCUACUACCAUUUGCAAUAUUUCUGAAUGAAUUCUCUUUAUAUUAAAAUGCACAGUAUAGGCUCAUGAUGGGUUGUAGACAUGUAAAUAAAUAUAGAUGAAACAGAAGCUAGGAGUUUUAGCAAAGUUUAGUGAAACUGUCCUAAGGCUGCUGCUUUAAUAUAGCCAGUGCACCUAUUAUUGUCAGCCUUCCCAGUUAUGUUUCUGAAGCGAUAAUUACAUUUGUGCACUUCUUUAUAUAUAUUUUUUGUAAUAUAUAUUUUUAAUUUGCAAAUAGUCUCAAAGUGUACAGUGUUUGCUUCCGUCCGGAGAAAUAAUUUUUCAGGUCUGAAUGGAAAGCUGUUAUCCGAAAUUAAUUUUUGUCCUUAAAUCCAUCUUUGUCUUUUUUGUAUCGCCAUAAUAUUUGUACGUCAAUAUGUUGUAAUAUUUGUUUAAAAGGUAUUUUUAGAUGUGAA